AAAAAAAAGUCUGUGCCAGUUUGUUUGACUGUCAUUGACCAUUGUAUUAUCGUCUUUUUCCAUCCUCCCCUAUAGUAUAUUUUCUCAUUACGUGACAAUAGUAAAAUUGUGAUCACACAGAACAGAACAGAAGCCAAUAAUCAAGAAUUGAAUUGAACACUGGCGACUGACGUGACGAAUGAACGAGUCACUCGUCUGUCUAGUCUCCGUCCACCCAAUUUUAACUCGUCGACUGGUCUUUAACACGUUCCCUGUGCAAACCAAAAUCAGACAAUGAGCCCGUACGUGCAAUUUUUUUUUUUUAUAAUAACGUAGGAUGUUGUAGAUAUGGACGGAAUAUGGCAAGAAAAUCAUUAUCGGGGAAGCCCCUUUUCAGUAUUUUCCGAUUUUCCGAGUGCCCCACAUGUGGUGCAUACACGCACGAGCUUUUCGUUUCGUGCCUCACAUAUGGUUACAUGCACGUAUGAGUUCCAUAUGAUGUGCCAUACUUGUGGUGCAAGCACGUAUGAAGUUUUUUUUAUGAGGGUAGAUUCAAUUUUCAAUACACCUACACGAUUCUAGGCGACACCCGUCCGAAAAACUUGCUUUUGGUAUAAGAAAAUCGCAGCGGAUCUGAUGUCAGUUGCUGUUGUAAACUCAAUUUUGAUCUACAAGGAACUGAAUCCUGGUACUAAAUUUUCACUUUUGAAUGGUCAUGAGAAAAUUAUCAAGCAUCUCUUGGGCAUUCAAGAAGAUGAUUCUGGAGCUGGACAAUCAAUUAUAUCUAGCAAUUCAAGCAGUUCAAUUCGUUCCCAACAUAGAUUGACGAAAAUUCCACGGCGAUACGAUAACAAAAUAUUUCGAAAACGUUGUACUGGCUGCUACAAAAUCUUGAAUGAACAAGGCUUGACACCUUCUGAUGCUCGUAAAAAGGCGAAGAAAACUGACACUCAAUGUGAAACUUGCAAAAAAGCGUUUUGUCUUAGUUGCUACAAUGCAUCCCAUAAUUUUUAGUUUAUUGGUUUUAUAUGUAUUUUUUUUUUUCAAAAGGCUAGUUCUAUAGUUUGUUUUCGUUUCAUUUUAUUCAUUCAGUGAUGCAUCCUUGAAAUAAAUAAUAAAAAAACAAUAAUAAAUAAAAAAUACAGUCCAUUUAAAUGUUUUUUUUGACGUUGAUUAUCUGGCAACAUUGCCCAAAAUGUCCUCCGGUAAUAAUAUACUCUGUUUCACAAUUUCAUAGCUCAUACGUGUAAGCUAUUUUCAAUACUUAAACUCACACGUGCAAGAUUUUACAACCCUAUAACUUUACAAGGGGGUGUGACCCAUAUGUGAGGCACCCACGUAUCAUUUAUACCUCAAAAUGCCCCACAUGUGGGUCAUGCACAGGGAACGUGUUAAAUAAGCAUGAUAUUUUAUAAUUUUAUGUACUUAGGUACUCAGAAUUUAAUACAUUUAGUAUAUAUAUUUACGUAACCUAAACUGCUACCUAAAAACCUAGUCGCACGCAACGAAGCCUGCAAAAAGUGUGUACCAACUCUGUAUAGGCAAGCAAUUGCAAAGGAAAUUUCCUUUGCCAUUAUAAUUUAAUUAUGGGCGGUGGAGAUUUGAAUUCGAAGAAAUCAUGGCACCCAAAUACUAUGAAGAAUCAGGAACGCGUAUGGAAGGCAGAACAGGCAGCAGCUGAGGAAAAGAAGCGAAUAUUAGAGCUGCAGCAUGAGCGGGCUGCAGAGAGAGACCGCACCGAACUUAAUGACUUAGCUAAACGAAGUGCUGGGGGCAGUAGUGCCAAUGAUGACAGAUUACAUUGGAUGUAUGAUAAACCUGACAAAAAAGCCCAACAUGAGGAUUAUUUGCUUGGAAAAGCUAUUGAAAAAAACUAUGAUCAGCCUGAGAAGUCCGAUGAUGUUAUACCAGCUGUGGCUAGACGUGUUGUAGGAUCCAGCAUGCUGGCAUCUGGUGGUGAUACUCAGGUGGACCUGGCACGAAAAAUGAGAGAAGACCCUCUGUUACUAGUAAAAGAACGAGAGCGAGCAGCUCGUGCUGCUUUGUUAAAUAAUCCUUUGCAUCGAAAGAAAUUAACAGAGUUAUUAAGAAAAGAACAAGAGCAAAAGGGAAGUAAACUUAAAAAGAAAUCUAAAAAGAAAGAUAAUGAUUUGGACAACAAGUUGUCUGCCAAGCUAAAUGCUUUAGGGGGCGAAAAAGGGAUUGAUUUAGCAGCUUUACUGGCUUCUGAAGAUUCCAGUUCCAGUUCAGAGUCCUCUAGUGAGGAAGAGAGAAAAAAGAAAAAGAAGAAGAAAAAGGCUGAAAAAACAAAAAAGUCAAAGAAACUUAAAAAAAAGAAGAAACAAUCACAUUCAGAAGAUAGUGAAUCAUCAGAUGAUGAUAAAAAACUAGAACAGAAAUCAAAAGAUAGAGAAAAGAAAAGUAGUAUGAAAAAGGUUAAGAAGUCAAAGAAGUCUAAGGACACAGAUUCCGAAGAUGACAGAAAAUCAAAGCAUAAGUUACGAGACAAGGAUGGAAGAGAAAAUUUUCCAGAUAGGCCCAAUAGAAAACGGAUAAGCGAAAAUGACGUUUUUGACAUUGAUGUUUUAAGUAAAAAGAGCAGAAAAGAAACAUCCGAUAGUCAGAGGUCGCGGCGACGGGACAGCAGCGAAGAUAGGAGAGAUUCUAGGAGAACACCCGAGCGAAGAGAAAAAAGAAGAGAAAAGAGCAACGACGAUGGCAGAUGGAAGGCUCGAAAAGGCUUUAGCUCGGAAGAGCGCGCGGCGCGGCUGGCGGCCAUGGCGGCGGCGGGCGCCGAGCGCGAGCUGCAGCGCGGCCGCCGCGUGGCGCAGCAGCGCGCCGCCGACGCCGCCGAGCGGCCCGCCCACGCCGCCCACCGCAGCGAGGCGCGCGCCCUGCCCGACUCCCUCGAGAGCCGCAUACACUCCAACAGGCAUUACAUCCAACGUAACAGCAGGCACAUGAAUGAGCAUUUCGCCAGGAGGUGAACUUUAUAUAAAUAGUUAAGAAAUCAUAAUAAUGUUCUCUAUUCAAUUGUCUAUAAAUAGAUUAGGUUUUUAAUGAAAUAAAGCAUUUACAUG